AGUGUAAAUAAAACCUUCACCAAAGUGCUAUAAAAUUCAUUUCUGUUAACGCCAAAGAGAGACGUUUAAAGACAUUAGUCACUGACUGACACAUUUAAAAUUUAGUUUGAUUUGAAAAGGAAGAGUCUUCGAAAUGUCCUACGAGCUGCUGCCGCUCGAGGUGCUGGAGCAGAUUCUGGACAAUGUGAAAUUUUCCGAUUUGCAGAAUGCGGCGCUCGUGUGUCGUCAGUGGUGCCUCGCGGCGGAGGUGUUGAUCCUGCGGAAGUCCUGCCUCACGGUGCACGAUUCGCUGGGCGGAAGUCAGCUGGAGGGGUUGCGGCAGAUUGGCCGGAACCAUGUCACGAUCUGUUUGCGGGAGUUGAACAUGUGGGAGGAGAUACGGCCCGCGCUGGACGUCUGCCGGCAGAAGUUUCGUCCCCGGUCGAUCCGGAUCAGUGGCAUUUUGGCGGACCAUUUGAAUCGGUUCUAUCGGGAGUAUCGGGAUUGGGUGCAGGAUGUGGAGCAGGUUCGUGUUUCGCUGGACGAUCGGUUUGUGUACUACUUUGAGGAACUGCCGGCCAAGUAUGUGUUGAAUUUUCCGAAAGCUAAGUACUUGAACUGGUACGAGUGCUUGUACGGUGCUGGAGAGAAGACCGUCACGCUGAAUGCUCCAAAUCUUCAGGAAGUCGUAAUAGAUGAUAGUUUGGACGACACUUCGGUAUUGAAACUUCCUGGCUGUACGAAAAUCGACAAACUCAACUGCACGUUCUACACUAAGAAGAUGGAGGACAUAUUCGACAGUCCUUUCUCAAAUCUUGUCCAACUCUGGCUGUGCAUCUACAACGAACUGGAAAGCGUGGCGUUCCUCGACAAUUUGUACAACCUGGUCAAACUCAACCUCUCCAUCACGUACAGUAAAAACCACAUGCGCGAGCUAUCCUGGAAGGUCUCCGAGUCCAUCUGCAAAUGCCACCAACUUAAGCAUCUCCAGUACAUCAUCAUCUACGACAUUUCCCCCAAUUGUACAGUUAACCUAUCGAAAAUAGCGCAGAACCUCGUCAACCUGCAGUCCCUGGACCUCGGCAACCUCUUCAUCGAACUGACCGACCAGGUGCUCCGCUUCCCGUCCCUCAAAACGAUGAAGCUGGACGGCGUAGACUUCGCCAACCAGUCCGCCAGCAUCCGCUUGGACGCCCCAGCCCUCCGAUCGCUCUCAAUAUCCGCGCGCCAUCUUCGCCGCAUUCACUGCAUCAACGAGAGUCUCCUGCGCCAGCUGGACGCCGACCUGGAAACCCUCAAGCUCGAGGAAGCCUUCCUUGCGCACGUGGUUCCAUUUCUGCAGCGAUUCUCCAAAGUACGCGAACUGACCGUCGCCAACCACAACCAUCACGAGAAAAACGCCGACGAUAGCUUUCCGCCCACGGUGCACCUCACGGUGGACAAGCUUUGCUUCUGCAACGUCGGCAUUCGGCUGGAGUGCUUCCGGACGGUGGCCGCGUGGAGCGGCUUGAAGGAGCUGCACCUGGACAACUGCUUCAUCGGAACCGGCGAAGAGGAGGAAUCGGUGGUACUUACCAAUGUGAGGCAAAUGCGCGUGUCCCGCGUGCAGCUUUCGGAUCCCGUGAGCAAGGAGUUUCCAAUUGUGCUGCGGGGGAGCGAACCGGUGCCGUUCGAUGAUUACGAUUCGGAGAUUUACUUCAGCAAUUGUUGAGGGUUUUGGGCGGGAUGAGAAGUUUUUAUUUAUACUUGUUUGCAAGUUUUAAUAAUUCAAGCUAACUGUAGCAUUUCAGUUGAUUGACAAUUGAUACAAUUUACAAGUGCAUAUAAUAUUUAAUCUGAUAAGUUAAAUUAACUCGGUGACAUAAAUUUAAGUUAAAAAUAUAUUAUUUAGUCUGAGCGAUCAGGCCUUCAAUUG